CCAGCACAACAUCUUACUUCAAACGGACGUCGACGUCCAAGCAGCGCCCGAACUUCGUGCGUAAGUGGUCGCAGACGUUUGUGAAGAAUCACUGGAUUGUGGCCACUACCUUCUUGGUGUUGUUGCUCGUCGGCAUCAGCAUCGCAGUAGGGUGGGCUCUACGUGUGGGUUCCUUCGAGGCGGUGCAAAACUUGGACGCAUAUUUACUGAAGGGUUCGCCCAUUCG